CCUACCACUUUAUCAAUUUCUAAGGUUUCUACUUGUGGAUAGUGUUUGUGUUUUUCGUUGUACUACACCACAUCCUUGUCUCAUAUUCUUCUUUUAUUAUUUAUUAUUAUUUUAAGGUACCAUGUUCUAGUUUACAGUUGUUCUUUGAUUUACAUUAGUUUCUGCGUAUUGGUGUCAACUGUCAAACAAUUCAAACACUUUUCUAAGUUUUCUUCAUAGUUCUGUCCACUGUCUGAAUUAAAUUCUUCAUUACUCUCCAACUUCCUCUGUAGAAGUCAUCAAUUCCUUCUUCUUCUUUUUUGUGAUGAAGUUGUAGUGAAACUGUCCACAGUUCCUGAUUUUGGUUACUGUUAUUUCUAUUAUUAUUAUUAUUAUUAUCAUGGAUGAUCAUAAAUCUGAGGAUCAACACCUGGUGGCGGCAGCGCAGCACAUUUUAAAGGCGUUGGCGGCAAGCAAGGCUGUCUCCGAUGAUCUGAGAAAAACUCUCUUGGAUUUCGAUAUUCACCUAUCAGCCAUGUCCAUAGUUGAAAGGAGCAUCAAGCAGCUAGAAAGGAAAAUUAAAUUUGCCGAAGGCAAAAUAAUGGCUUGGAAAGCGAAGAAUUCGAUGAUAUGGGACUGCGGUUCCAAGGAAUCUUCCGAGUAUUUAGAAGCCGUUAGUGAGAUUCAAGCAGCCCUUCACAACUUGCAGAGUUUGAAUGAACACGAUAAAGAUAAAGAACUGCUCGGAAGAGCCAACCGAAUCUUGCAGGUUGCCAUGGCGAAACUGGAGGAAGAAUUAGUUCAUAUCCUCGUUAAGCAUAAGCAAUACCUUGAACCGGAAUCUUUGGCGAACGAGGCCGGUUCAGUUGAUCUGGUUAAUCCUGCGUUAAUUCCAGAUCUCAAGAGCAUUGCAAAUGUCAUGUUCGGUUCCAAGUACCAUCAGGAGUUUUGCCAGACUUUCAUUUCUUCGAGACGUGACGCCUUGGACGAGUUCUUCGUGGUUCUUGAAAUAGAAAGAUUCAGCAACGAGAACGUCAUGAAAAUGGAAGGGAAUUGCUUGAAUCGCGAGAUAAAGAAGUGGAUUCGCGCCGUGAAGAUUGUCUUUCAGGUGUAUCUCGUCGCAGAGAGACGGUUGUGUAAGCAAAUUCUUGGAGACUUCAACCACUCUGUUUAUCAGUUCUGCUUCGCCGAGAUAACUUUGAGUUUUGUGUUGAAACUUUUGAAUUUUGGUGAGGCCGUAGCAACGGGAAACCGUUCGCCGGAGAAACUGUUCUGUUUUCUAGACAUCUAUGAGGUUUUGGAGAAUCUCGCUGUCUAUGUAGACAUUUUGUUCUGUGAAGAAUUUGGUUCAUUUCUAAGAGAUGAGUUUCACAAGCUUCUAAACAAGUUUGCUGAAGCUUCAAAAUUCACAUUCUUAGCAUUUAAAAGUGCUAUUGCAAAUGAUCCUUCAAAGGCGCGAUUCCCUGGCGGCGGAGUUCACCAUCUUACUAAAUAUGUAAUGAAUUUCAUCAAGACACUGGCGGAAUACGGCGAGGCACUCAACCUUCUCCUGGCGGACGAGACUCCAGCCGAUCCGGAAGGCGACGGCCAUCCUUUGGCUCGCGAAUUCUGGUCGGUGGCGGCCACUCUUGAAUCCAACCUGAUCAAUAAGUCCAAAUUGUACAAAGAUGUGGCAUUGCAACAUGUAUUCAUGAUGAAUAACAUUCACUACAUGGUCCAAAAGGCUAAGUCCUCGGAACUAAGCUUAGUGUUCGGCGAUCGAUGGCUUCGUCGGCACAUUGCUAAGUUCCGAGAUAAUGCUAGAAGCUAUGAGAGGGUAACUUGGGGUCCAAUACUCUCUAUUCUGAAACAAGAAAACACUGAAUCGAAUUGCACUUCUUCGAAGGAAAAUCUAAAGAAAAAGUGCAAAGAUUUCAAUGCUUCUUUUAGUGAAACCUAUAGGUCACAAACAGGGUGGUGUAUUCCAGAUACUGAACUCCGUGAAGAUGUACAAAUCUUAAUUUCUCAGACAGUUGUUCAUGCUUACCGGCAAUUCACUGGGAGAUAUUCAUCAAGCAUUGAUGAGAAGUGGAAAAAGUACACUGUGGAUGAUAUAGAGAACUAUGUAUUGGACCUUUUUGUAGGUUCACCAAAGUCUCUGCAUUAUUUUUCAUCGUCAACACAGAUACUGAAAAGGGAUAAGAGUAUUUGAUGAACAUUUUUUUUUCUUUUUUUUUGUUGUCUUAGUUUUAGCAAUUGGGGAUGCCAUUUACAAUAUUUUAGUUUUCUUACACCAUUGACAUUAAAUAAAACUAAUGUGGCCUCACCUUGUUACUCAAUUUGAUGAACAUAUUGUGUUCUUAUUA